CGGGCGGGAAGGGGGAGGAAAACGGGAGUGUGACCGAGGGCUGAGAUAUCGGAAAGUGGGGCUGGAGAUAGUGACCCGAGCCGCAGCCUGGGGUCAUCAGUGAAUCCUAGAGCGAUGUUGAAGUUUAAAUACGGUGGCCGUGGUCUUAUAGACAGUGGAGCAGGUGAAACAAUCACCAAUCGUUGUUCCAGACUCAAUCUGUUUUUCCAGGGAAAGACUCCAUGUCUGGGUCGGAUACAACAACAGUCUUCCUGCUUAUUGACCAGAGAAGGACUUGUUGAUGCAAUUCUUGUCCUCUUUGAAGAAUGUACUAGCCCCGAGCUGAUGAAAAUUAAACAUGUGGCCAAUUUUGUGAAAAAGUACAAAGAUACUCUGACUGAGAUUCGGGAGUUGCAACCCUGUGCUGGUGAUUUUGAGGUGAAAAACGUGAUUGGUCGUGGUGUUUUUGCGGAAGUGCAGGUCGUCCGUGAGAAAGCUACCAACGAUGUUUAUGCAAUGAAAGUGAUGAAUAAGCAGGCACUGAUUGGAGAUGAUAAUGUCGUAUUUUUUGAGGAGGAAUGUAGUAUCCUAUCACGCAGCACCAGCCCCUGGCUGCCUCCAUUACAGUAUGUAUUUCAGGACAAGACUUAUAUUUAUCUGGUAAUGGAAUACCAACCAGGGGGUGAUCUGCUGGCACUCCUGAAUCGUUAUGAUGAUCAGUUUGAUGAAAGUAUGGCUCAGUUUUAUUUGGCUGAGUUAGUUCUGGCCAUUCAUAGUGUUCAUCAGAUGGGUUAUGUACAUAGAGAUAUCAAACCUGAGAAUAUUCUUAUUGACCGGACAGGACACAUUAAAUUGGCAGAUUUUGGAUCGGCGGCCAAACUAACAGCAAACAAAACGGUGAGCUCAAAGCUGCCAGUUGGCCCACCAGAUUUCAUGGCUCCUGAAGUAUUGACUAUGAUGAACGGAGAUGGAUGUUCUUCAUAUGGUGUGGAAUGUGAUUGGUGGUCAUUGGGAGUAAUUGCUUAUGAAAUGAUUUAUGGGAGGUCUCCAUUUGUUGAGGGAACAUCAGUCAAAACCAUCAGUAACAUCAAGAACUUUCAGAGAUCUCUGAAAUUUCCAGAAGAGCCUAAAACAAGUAAGGAGUUUCUAGAUUUGGUGCAAAGUCUGCUGUGUGAAGCCAAGGAGCGCUUGAAUUAUGAGGGACUCAUCUGUCACCCAUUUUUUACAAACAUCAACUGGAACAAUAUCAGGCACAUUCCACCCCCUUUUGUACCGACCCUGGAAACUGACGAUGAUGUGUCCAAUUUUGAUGAGCCAGAGAAAAUAUCGCGCCCAAUGAUCGAGACACAGCAGCUGAACAAAUCGGGUUUUACAGGAGAGGACUUGCCUUUCGUAGGAUUGUCCUUUACCAAGACACUGGCUGCACUCUCUCGCUCAGAAUCUGUAACUUCGCUGAUGGACUCACCAGCCAAGACAAACUCUCUCGAAAAAAAGCUGCUGUUAAAGAAUAAAGAAUUGCUGGAGUCACAGGACACAUGUCAUAAGAUGGAUCAAGAAGUCACCCAUUUACAGCGUAAAGUCUGUGAGCUAGAAACAGCACUUGAGCAAAAGGAUGUGGAGCUUCAGGCAUCUGAAACCCAGAAGUCAAUCCUGGAGCAAGACUUGGCAACAUAUAUUACAGAAUGUAGUAGCCUGAAGCGUAGCCUUGAGCAGGCACGUGUAGAAGUAUCUCAGGAGGACGACAAAGCACUCCAGCUGCUACAGGACAUUCAGGAGCAGAGUCACAGAAUGCAGGAAAUCAAAGAACAGGAGUUUCAUGCUCAGAUGGAGGAGAUGCAAGUGACUGUGCGACAACUUGAAGAGGAUCUCGCUGCAGCACGCCGACGGGCUGAUCUUUACGAGUCCGAACUGAAGGAUACUCGAAUUACAGCAGAUGAAUAUAGAAGGAAAGCAGCUGAAUCACAGCAGAAACUACAGAAGACCCGAGACCAGGGAAAAGCUGAGGUUGGAGAGAUAUACGCCAAACUGGAAAAGAUGAACACAGAGCAACAGAAGAAAAUACAGGAAUUGCAGGAAAAGCUUGCCAAGGCAGUGAAAGCCAGCUCUGAAGCCACAGACCUCUUGCAGAAUGUCCGCCAAGCUAAAGAACGCGCAGAGCGAGACCUAGAGAAGCUACAGGGCCGCGAAAACUCCAGUGAAAGCUUCAGGAAGAAACUGGUGGAAUCGGAGGAACGCCGCAAGUCUCUGGAGAACCAAGUGAAACGACUUGAGAUGGUGGAGCGCAGAGAAAACAAGCUGAAGGAGGAUUUGCAGACAAAAUCUCAGCAGAUACAGCAAAUGGCUCAGAAAAUCCUGGAGUUGGAGGAGAGUUGGUGUGAGGCCCAAGCAACAGCACAACGUAUGGAAACCAACCUUCGGCAGAAAGAACAACUCUAUGAGGACAAAAUGAAGGUUAUGGAAGCACAAGUGAAGAUGGGCAUUGCAACUAAGGAAUCAUUAGAAGAUUGUCGCCUCAGGCAUGAGGAAGAUAUACGUAAAAAGUGCAAAUUGAUCGAUGAUCAGAAAGCGACGAUAAAUGCCAUGGAUUCCCAAAUUAAGUCUCUGGAACAGAGGGUAGCAGAGCUCUCUGAAGCAAACAAACUUGCAGCAAACAGCAGCAUCUUUACUCAGAGAAGCAUGAAAGCACAGGAAGAAAUGAUUGCGGAACUCAGACAGCAGAAGUUUUACUUGGAGACACAGGCGGGGAAGCUGGAUGCUCACAACCAAAAACUGGAGGAACAAAUGGAUAAAAUCAACCAGGAUGAACAAAGCAGCAAAAACAGGGUCCUAGAGCUUGAGACUAAACUCAGGGAGGCCAGUCUGGAGCAUGAGCAACAGAAACUGGAGCUGAAGAAACAAGGGAAUGAGUUGCAGCUGGCUCUGCAGGAGAAGGAGGCUCAGAUUAGAAGUCUGCAAAGUACAAAAACUGCACUGGAAAACCAACUGCAAAUGGCCAAGGCAGAGUUGGAGGAGACCACAACCGAGGCAGAGGAAGAGAUUCAAUCCCUGAGGGCACACCGUGAUGAAAUUCACAACAAGUUUGAAACCCUUCGAGAAAGUUGCACAGUUAUCUCUGACCUGGAGGAGCAGUUAAACCAGCUGAGUCAGGAAAAUGCAGAGCUCAAUAGCCAAAACUACUACCUGACCAAGCAGGUAGAAGAAUUAUCAUGCAUUGGAGAUGAACGAGCCCAGCUUCGUCAGGAAAUGGGGAGAAUGCGCCAGGAACUAUCUGACCAAGAGCUUCAGCUUAGUAACCAAAAACAGACAAUAGAGACAUUAAAGACAACUUGCUCAAUGCUGGAAGAGCAGGUGAUGGACCUAGAGACACUGAACGAUGAACUCCUAGAAAAAGAACGCCAAUGGGAAAACUGGAGAUCAGAAUUUGAAGAAGAGAAAGCUCAACUUGAGCGGCGGAUCCAAGAAAUGAAGAGACUACUAGACAUAGAAAAGCAGAACAGAAUGCGUGCAGACCAGCGUGGCAAUGAGUCCCGCCAGGCUGUGGAACUAGCUGUGAAGGAGCACAAAUCUGAGAUCCUAUCGUUACAGCAUUGUUUAAAGGAACAGAAACUGAAGGCAGAAAGCCUUUCUGAUACGCUGAGUGACCUGGAAAAGAAGCACACUAUGCUGGAGAUGAAUGCACGUGGCCUUCAGCAGAAACUGGAGACAGAGCGAGAGCUAAAGCACAGACUGAUUGAAGAGCAAACAAAGCUGCAGCAGCAGUUGGACAUGCACAAGACACACAUCUUUCGUCUGACUCAAGGACUGCAGGAAGCCCUGGAUCAGGCUGAUCUAUUAAAGACAGAGCAGAGUGAUUUGGAGUAUCAGAUUGCAAACAUGCAGAUGGUGUUCUCCCAUGAUAGAGUGAAGCUGGAAGGUACAAUCUCUCAACAGUCUAAACUGAUAGAUUUCCUACAAUCAAAGAUGGACCAGUCAAUUAAAAAGAAGAAGAGUUUGUUUGGCCGUCGGCGUGAGGACCCUACUCUUCCUGUCCAGAUACCCAUGCAGUAUAAUGACUUGAAAGUAGCCUUGGAUAAGGAGAAAUGUCGAAAUAUGGAGCUAGAAGACGCAUUACAGAAAAUACGUGUAGAGCUGAAAUGUGUUCGGGAGGAAGCUGCUCAUUUUAAAACAGUGGAUCACCAGCCACAAUCAACACCAGCUACAGCUAGGCACCAGAUCAUCAUGUCUGCAAUUGUUCGUUCCCCAGAGCACCAGCCAAAUCCUAUCAGCCUGCUAGCUCCGCCCUCCAGCCACAGGAAGGAAUCUUCUACUCCUGAGGAAUUUGGUCGGCAGUUGAAGGAACGUAUGCAUCAUAAUAUUCCACAUCGUUUCACCGUUGGCCUGAACAUGAGGGCUACAAAAUGUGCUGUUUGCCUGGAUACUGUACAUUUUGGCCGCCAAGCAGCAAAGUGUGCAGAAUGCCAAGUGAUGUGCCAUCCUAAAUGCUCCUCUUGUCUACCAGCAACGUGUGGGCUCCCUGCAGAAUAUGCUACACACUACGAAGCUUAUUGCCGUGACAAAAUGAACUCACCUGGCCUACAGCUAAAGGAUCCAGCAUCAAAUGUGCGGCUGGAGGGCUGGAUGAAAGUUCCCAGAAAUGGGAAACGAGGGCAACAGGGAUGGGAACGGAAGUACAUCGUCCUGGAAGGAUCGAAAGUUCUCCUUUAUGAGAAUGAUUCAAUAGAUGGGCAAAGACCAAUUGAUGAGUUUGAACUAUGCCUACCUGAUGGGGAUGUGACUGUGCACGGAGCUGUUGGAGCCACUGAACUUGUAAACACUGCAAAGACAGAUGUGCCUUAUGUGCUGAAGUUGGAAUCUCAGCCACACACUACCUGCUGGCCUGGUCAGACACUCUAUAUGCUUGCUCCGAGCUUCCCAGACAAACAGCGCUGGGUCAAUGUGUUGGAGUCUGUUGCAGCCUGUGGACGAAAGUCGUGUGAAAAAGCAGAGACGGCUGCUAAGUUACUGGGAAAUUCGUUGCUGAAGCUGGAGGGAGAUGACCGUUUGGACAUAAACUGCACUCUGCCACUCACCGAGCAGAUUGUGCUGGUUGGGACAGAGGAAGGUCUAUAUGCAUUAAAUGUUGUGAAGAACUCCCUUGUGCACAUUCCUGGUGUGGGGUCAGUGUUCCAGCUUCAUAUCCUAAAGGAACUUGAUCGACUCAUCAUGAUUGCAGGAGAGGAGCGAACCCUCUGUUUUGUGGAUAUUAAGAAGGUGAAGCUGUCGUUAGCUCAAUCCCAUCUGCCAGCCCAGCCAGAGCUCGUACCUACAGUUUUUGACAGCUUGAAAGGAUGCCACCUGUUUGCAGUAGGAAAAAUUGAGGCCGGACCCUGUAUCUGUGCAGCAAUGCCAAAUAAAGUAUAUAUCCUCCGUUAUAAUGAUGGGCUUGACAGUUUUGCAGUACGCAAGGAGAUUGAAACAUCUGAGCCCUGCAGCUGUAUACAGUUUACUGCAUACAGCAUCAUCAUUGGUACCAACAAGUUCUAUGAGAUAGAAAUGAAGAACUACACACUGGAGGAAUUUCUGGAUAAGAAUGAUAUGACACUGGCCUCUGCCAUUUUUGCUGCUUCAUCCUACAGUUUCCCAAUUGCCAUUGCCCAGGUGAAUAGCAGUGGGCAAAAGGAUGAGUUUCUGCUCUGUUUCCAUGAAUUUGGAGUCAUUGUUGAUGCAUACGGAAGACGCAGUCGUACUGAUGACCUGAAGUGGAAACGUUUGCCCUUGGCAUUUGUUUAUAGAGAACCUUACCUAUUUGUAACUCAUUUCAACUCUUUGGAGGUUAUUGAGAUCCAAGGUCGUAACACAGCCAGUGUAUUGAGUCAUGCUCACUUGGACAUCCCGAAUCCCAGAUAUCUCGGCCCUGCAAUGUCAUCUGGAGCCAUUUACUUGGCCUCAUCCUAUCAAAAUAAACAGCGAAUCAUCUGCUGUAAAGGCAACUUGGUGAAGGAGGCAAGCAGUGAUGCGCAAGUUGCAAUCACUAGCCGCAGGUCUCCUUCUCACAACAUGGAUCCUGUUCAACCAACAGCAAAUGCAACCAGUCCAAACAAGCGAGGACUUCCCUCGUACAAUGAGCAUAUGUCAAAGAAGUUGGCGCCUUGCCCGAGAGAAAAUUCACCUCAGGAUUUGAAUAGGUCAGUCAGGUACAGAGAAGGGAGGCAAGAGACAAGAAGGGACAAAUCACCGCGGCGAGGCUUGGAGAGGGAGAAAUCGCCGGGCAGACCUUUGGACACCGCCAGGGAGAGAUCACCAGGAAGGAUGUUGGAUGAAACCAGAGGAGCUGGCAUGCGGUUACCUGCAGGGUCCACAAGAGCUCCAGUUACGAAGCCCUGGGACCAGUCUGCUGUGUGAGUACACUGCUGUCUUACAGUUGAAGAGGCAAGUACUGGUCAACAGAGGGAGGAUGGCUCUCGGACUAAGGAAAUGCACGGAUCAAAUUAAAGCUGCGCACAUUUAUUUGCUUUAGUCACUAAGGGAAUGGGAGGGUGGGCCAUUAAUUUUAACCUACAUGCUGCUCGCAAUCUAAUUUAAAAUUGGCUAAUGGAAAUGUGGGUGGUUCGUUCAUCUAUGGGGAAAGGAUAUGCAAAGUCAAAUGUAUAAAACUGGAGAAGAUACACUGCAUUUUGCAAGAUUGUUCCUCUUGAUAGCAGAUCCUUUUUUAAUUUUCUCCAGUGAAGGUUGUGUAGACAGCCAAAUGGUAUGCAAGUUUGAACCAGAGAUGAAAUCGGUUAUUAACCGUACACAGUUCAUUACUUGAAUUUUAUACAAAGGUCAUGAAGAGAAUCUGAACAUGGAAUUGCAGCAGAACUUAAUAUAUAUUUUGUAAUAAUCCAUAGCCCUUGGCUAUUUAAUCUUUACUCUCUGCUGUCUUGCACUGCUGCUUUGUCCUGGAUGUACAGAUCUUCAGUCAAACACAAUUUACUGCAGAUUUUUGUAUUUUGUUUCACUGACCUGUGUCAAGAAUUCCCAGUUCUGAAGUGUUCCUACUUUUGUGAUAUUACUGUAUUUUUCUCUUUGUACUGCUUUCUGUGAAUAUGCGACUCGUAAGAAUAAAAUUUGAGUCGCGUUUCUGGUGACUCAUUUUCCAUGAAAAUGCUUAA